GCGCUUCCCAAGUUCACAGUCCACUUCACCGCAGCCAGCCAACGGUUAAGUCAAGUGUAGUCGACAACGCGGGAGGCCGAUUUUUGUCUCUCCUUAAAAAUCACCUUACGAGUUGACCUUGAAUUUCAAAAUUUCCCUCGCAUACUCGAAGGGUGAGUAGGUAGAGCCAUCUGUGAUUCAAUCAGAUAACUAACUUCGCUGAAAGAUGUCUUUAGACGAGAAAUUUAAUGCAGCUGCUAAAGAAGUCACCGAAUUGGCUUCUCAGCCUGCCGAUGCUGAUCUUUUGGAAAUUUACGCCUUGUUCAAACAGGCAAGCGUUGGUGACAUCAAUACAACCCGACCAGGCAUGCUUGAUUUCAAAGGAAAAGCGAAGUGGGAUGCUUGGGAACAGAAAAAAGGAAUGAGUCAGGACGAAGCCAAGGAAAAAUACAUCGCCAAAGUCGCAUCGCUUGUCGCUUCUAUUGGCAAAAAAUAAAACCUUUUUUUUUUUUCUAUAAAAUUAUGCGUUAUCUACAUAGUUGGAUGUCAAUUUCUUCUUUUGUUACUUUUUUCACUUUUUUUUUUUUUUUUUGUUUUUUUAACAAAUGAAAAAACACUUGUAAAACACAAACAAACAUUUCACGCAACGCACAAAUAAUAUGUCCGCAUAAUUAUUGAACCCCAGCUAGAGCUGUUAUCAAUUCAAAACUCUCACUAUUUAUUUCGCGGAUCAUUUACAUAAUCCGUAUGGAAAUGUUUCGUAUUUAAAAUUGUGCAAUAUGUAUAUGGUAUGUUUUGAUAGUUACCAUGCCUAAUACCAAGUAGAAAGGGUUAAAUUAUAACACGCAUAAUGUUAUAAAUUAAACGUUACGUCAACGUUAUGUAACAAACCGAAAUAUACUUAAAUAUAUUACCUAUUAUAUUUAUUAUGGGGUUCUAAAAAUGAUUUAAUAAAAGAUGAUUUACACUCGCUGAUGAUAUUGUGAAUCAUUAUCACCUUUGUUAACCGAAAUACGCAUUAAAUCGUUACGACAUUCGAGGAUACUUUCGAAAUUGCCAACAGUUGUAAUAUAGAUUCGUUUUUAGGGUGGAAAUUAAUUACCGCUGUUUCAACAAUUAUUAACAUUAUAAUGCCAGAGUACCGGAAACAGGUUGGAAAAAAUAUGGCGAUCAGUAUAGGGUGCAAAUAAAAUUUUUUCUGAACUUUCAAAUUCUAAACAAAGGAUUUUACAUCGGGCCGUAGACUUUGAAUUAAAUUUCGUUUCAUGUCGAACAUUUCCGUAGAAAGAAUUUUUACGUAUUCUUUUAAAACUCGCAUUAUUUGUUAAUGAAAGGAUAAUAAUAGUGAAUAAUGGUAGUGUAUUUUUCAGAAGCUUAACAUUUUUGUCUUAUCAUUAUAUACACAUACGUAGUCAAUUAAUUGCUUAAGAAAAACGUACAGUGGGCGAUACAGUUUUAAAGGGCAGACUGGGCUUGGAUUUUUAAUUAUAUAAGCUAAGAAUAAGGGAUACUCGCUUUAUUUUGUAUCAUCAUUUAUACCUGACGCACACACCGAACGAAUGAUUUUCACGAUUAAAAUUUACCUUCCUUAACAAAAUAAUUAAGAAUAAUUUAUUUGAAUAUUUAUCUAGAUAUUAUAACGUAGGAUAUUUAAAAUUAGAAUGGGUGUUAUUUCAUUAUGUGUAACUUAUAAUAUAUGUGUAGUGUGGU